AUGAAAACAUUAUACAAAAAAAACUAACAUAAUGCUGAUAUAAAUACUAAAACUAAACUUUUGAGAACUCCUUUAAAUAAAGUUUGUUUUCUCGGUAGAGCUGAUGUCGUAAGAUUUUUAUUAGAUUAGCCUUAAAUAGAUUAUAAAUGGGGAGAUAUAAAAGGUAGAAAUCCAUUACAUAAUGCAAUUUUCGGACCUAAAGGUGGCAGAGAUGGUAAAAAAGUAGUUCCAAAAGGCCUUGAUUUAUAGUUAGGUACUUUUGGAAGAGAUUGUCCUGAAGCUGCUUAACUUUUACUUGAAAAAGGACUUGAUGUAAACUUGUAAGAUAUUGAUGGAUCAACUGCUUUACAUAUUGCUUGUUCUUCUGAAGCUUUAGAUAGUAUUCCUUUAUUAAUGGCUUAUAAUGCUGAUGUUUGGACAUAUUUUAACUGUUUAAAUGCUUAUUCAAAAAUAUUAAGCUGCCUUACUUGA